AUGGCGUAUUAUCGCACAUCAUCAGCCUAUAAGUGCCUACUGCUGAGCCAAGGCAUUUCCUCAAGAAGAACAAUGCUGUUAAUAAAAGUCAUGAGCUGCGUCUUGCCAAUCGUCGCUAGUCUAAGGACACAACGGUCGUCCGGCACAUUGGUCGAUUUCACUGAUCCCAAGGUCCAAGGUCAUCUUGACGCUCUGGUCCGAAUGGCACAGUCCUGCGUCAUCAAAGUCCGAGCAACUCCUAAGGAUGUGAGAGCAUACUUUACCAACUCCUCACCAGUGUCCAGAUCUGGACAAUGCUUUGCCGCCUGCAUGCUGGAACAGAGUGACGUCAUUAACCAUGGAAAGGUAAACAGAGAACUUCUAGUCCACCUCGCAAGCCUGGUGAAUGGCAAGAACUCCCGCGUGGUUCGCAAGCUGAACACCGUCUCUCGGCUCUGCCUGGACAGCAUCGAAGGCAUGUCAGACAGAUGUCAACUGGCCUCAACCUACAAUGACUGCCUCAAUGAGAACAUGAUUGAGUUCGCCUUCCCCCUGGACAUAGCUGAAGAAGCUGUUAGAAAGAUGCCUUUCCACUUAAUACAACCAAAGUUGCCUAAAGUCAAUCAAAAUACACGACGAAUUUUGGAAUAG